AUGGCCAACCCCAGAGUCGAAGAGCUUCCCGACGAGGACGUCAAGCCCCAGGUUGAGGAGGAUGACAGCUCCGACUCCGAAAUCGAGACCGGCGAUGGCCCCUCCGGCUCUGCUGUCCAGAUCCACAGCCGCAACGAGAAGAAGGCUCGCAAGGCCAUCGAGAAGCUGCACCUCCAGCGCGUCCCCGGCAUCACCCGUGUGACUCUGCGCCGCCCCAAGAACAUCCUGUUCGUCAUCAACAACCCCGAGGUCUAUAAGUCGCCUAACAGCAACACUUACAUCGUCUUCGGUGAGGCCAAGAUUGAGGACCUGAACUCGGCUGCCCAGCAGGCUGCUGCUCAGCAGCUCGCCGCCGCCGGUGAGCACUCUCACGACGACCACGCCGGCCACGACCACGGCAAGGCCGUUGAGGAGGCCAAGAAGGACGACGAGGAGGACGAUGGUGAGGAGGUUGACGCCGAGGGUCUCGAGGAUAAGGACAUUGAGCUCGUCAUGACCCAGGCUGGCGUUUCCCGCAAGAAGGCCGUCAAGGCACUGAAGGAGAACGACAACGAUAUAGUGAACUCCAUCAUGGCUCUAAGCGUUUAG